UGGCCUGACCCGAGUUAAACUCGCCCUAACUCGCUCCUUUGGUUGUAUGUAUCUGUGAGCUACCACCCUUGCCUUCUUCUUCUUCUUCUCCCCCAAAAAUCCCUAUCUCAUCUCAUCUCAUCUCAUCCACUCUCAGCUGCAACCAUUCUCAUCGUUCGAAUUGCAUGUGAUGCACUUGCCUGCACUUGCCAUAGUUGAAUAAUGGCUGUGGAGGCUUCUGACAAACCAAAUCUGCCAGAUAAUUUUGACGAUGAACCAUUAGUUUUCAAAAGGUAUAAGAGCAAGAAAAGUCAAUUGAAUUCAGAAGUAAGGAAGUCAACUUCUCAAAGCCAUGAUGGACCGUCAUAUAGACAGAAUUCUGAUGGGCCUUCUUCAAAUGGAAAAACUUCUAGCAUGCAGAAAGGUAAUAUUGUCCCGUCUGCUAAGGUAACACCACCCGUGAAGGCUUCUGUAGGUAUCUCAAAAGCAUCUAAUUCACUUGGCAACGCCUCAUCUGCUAAGUUGCCUCUGGCAAAUUCAAAGUUAGUUUCAUCGAGGGAUAAACCUAAGACUCUUUCAGAACAGAAAAUGUCCAUUAAUGUUAAGGAGGAAAAAAAUAUCAAAAAUUGUUCUAAAGAUGAAGAUUCAGAGGACGAUGAUGAUCAUAAACCAUUGAGUGCUAGGUUGAAGGUGAACUCUCACCACGACAACAAAACGUCCCCUGUUGUUGUCAAGAAGUCUUCUGAAGACUCUGAAGAUGAUGAUGAUGAUAUCCCUUUGUCAGUAAAGAUAAACCGUAAUUCUAAUUUGGCAACAUCCAGCAGUAACUAUGAUGAUUCUGAUAAGAAGCCUAUUUCAAAAGUUCAGAAAGAGCGUCAAAAUGGUUCUGGCAUAACUAUUAAACAGGAAAGGGCAUCUACACUACCAGUUAAGAGACCUAUUGAUAACAGUAACUCCUUGAACUCUUCGAUGAAGAAGCCAAAGGUUUCAGAUUCAGCUGCAUCAACCAAAGCUAAGCAAGUCUCUGGAAAAAGCCAGCCGAAGAUAGAAGAUGACGAUGAUGAUGAUGUUCCUAUUUCCCAGAGAAUAAAGAAUUCGGCCAAAUCAGCUGCUAAAUCAGUUUCCAUAAAGAAGACAGUGACAAAGGCUACUAAAGUUAAUAAGUCUGGCACAACAUCUUUUAAGAAACAGGCCAAGUUCAAGUCAAAAAAAUCAGGCAGUGGUUCAGAAUAUUCCAAAGCUUCAAAACUUCUUCCUAGCUCUGGUGAUGGGCAGAAAAAAUGGACAACAUUGGUUCACAAUGGUGUCAUUUUCCCUCCUCCUUACCAGCCCCAUAGGGUAAAGAUGCUCUAUAAGGGGAAACCAGUUGACUUGACUGCUGACCAAGAGGAGGUUGCUACAAUGUAUGCGGUCAUGCGAGAUACAGAUUACAUGCUGAAAGAUAAGUUCAAGGAAAAUUUCUGGAACGACUGGCGAAAGUUGCUAGGAAAAAAUCAUGUAAUUCAGAACUUAAAGGAUUGUGACUUUACCCCGAUCUAUGACUGGUGCCAAACUGAAAAGGAAAAGAAGAAACAAAUGACUACAGAAGAGAAGAAGGCUCUGAAGGAAGAGAAAACAAAGCAAGAGGAGAAAUACACGUGGGCUAUUGUGGAUGGUGUUAAAGAGAAGGUUGGAAAUUUUAGAGUUGAACCACCAGGAUUGUUCCGAGGCCGUGGAGAGCAUCCCAAGAUGGGAAAAUUGAAAAGACGCAUUCGUCCUAGUGAUAUCGUAAUUAAUAUUGGAAAGGAUGCACCAAUUCCUGAAUGUCCUAUUCCUGGUGAAAGGUGGAAGGAGAUAAGACAUGACAAUACAGUUACAUGGUUAGCCUUCUGGAAUGAUCCGAUCAAUCCAAAGUUGUUCAAGUAUGUGUUUCUGGCAGCUAGUAGUUCCUUGAAGGGCCAAAGUGACAAGGAAAAGUAUGAGAAAGCUAGGAUGUUGAAGGAUUAUAUAGGGAACAUUAGAGCGGCAUACACGAAAGAUUUUACAAGUAAAGAUAUUACGAAGCAGCAAAUAGCUGUUGCUACUUAUCUUAUUGAUAAACUAGCUCUGAGGGCUGGCAAUGAGAAGGAUGAUGAUGAAGCUGAUACUGUUGGUUGCUGCACAUUAAAAGUGGAGAAUGUGACAAGAGAAGCCCCCAACAAGUUGAAGUUUAACUUCCUUGGUAAAGAUUCAAUCAAGUAUGAAAAUACAGUUGAGGUCGAGCUUCCUGUUUACAAUGCAAUAUUGAAGUUCCAAAAAGAUAAAAAGGGUGGUGAUGAUCUUUUUGACAUGUUGGAUACAAGUAAAUUAAAUGCACAUCUGAAGGAACUCAUGCCUGGUCUAACAGCAAAAGUCUUCCGUACAUUCAAUGCAUCUAUCACAUUGGAUGAUAUGUUGAAUAAGGACACUAAAGAUGGAGAUGUUGGGGAAAAGAUUGUUGUUUAUCAGCAUGCAAAUAAACAGGUUGCAAUCAUUUGUAAUCAUCAACGUAGCGUUUCAAAAUCUCACGAUACACAAAUGACAAGGUUAAAUGAAAAGCUUGAUGAACUUCAGGCUGUUCUGAAGGAGCUAAGAACGGAUUUGGACAGGGCUAGGAAAGGAAAGCCCCCUUCAAAGAGUCCAGAUGGAAAGAAGAAGAAGAACUUGUCUUCCGAAGCGCUAGAGAAAAAGAUAUCUCAAACCAAUGCAAAGAUUGAGAAAAUGCAGCGUGAUAUGAAGACAAAAGAAGAUCUCAAAACUGUGGCAUUAGGCACAUCCAAGAUAAACUACCUUGAUCCCAGGAUUACAGUCGCCUGGUGCAAGAGACACGAGGUUCCUAUUGAAAAGAUUUUCAACAAGUCUCUGCUGGCAAAGUUCACUUGGGCUAUGGAUGUGGACCCUGACUUCAGAUUCUGAGAUCUGUAGAAUGGAGGCAUAAAACAUUUCUUUUUUUACUCAUUUCUUUUUUUAUAAUUUUUUUUUCCCUGUUUUGUUGAGUCUAGCGGAAAUCUGACGUUGUAAGUUCAUCUAAUCUAAUUAUGGGGGUGAGUUGCCCCUUCCCCAUUUACCUGUUUUCUGCUUAAACAUUCAACAAUUCAUAAAUAUGAUAUUAAUGUGAUACCCAUUGCCAAAUGUGGAAAAUGAGGUGAAGUUUUUUUAGUUUCA